CACAAGUAGAGAGCGACGCGCCAAGAUCUGUCGCGGUUUCAAGCACCCGGCGGCUCCCACCGAGAAACAACACGUCGUCACGGACACUCAGGUGCGGCGCACCGCGCGUAACGUUUACACGAGUCGUCACCUUUGCCGUGAGGGUUCGCGGAUUGAUAUCCAGAAGUGCUGCUAUCGUGUCCGAGGAGGACGACCAACGUCGCUCGGUUGAGGAACGGAAGCUCAUCAGGGGAAUCGUACAUGCUCCUCGUGAUGCCGUUUGAGCGAGCACCGACGCGUCGCUCGUGCGACAAAUGAUCCGACGAUGAUCGGGACGUUACACUCGAGAAGCGCAGUGUUUCUCGAGCUGGCGCGGAGAACGUCUUAACCUGAUCCGAGCUUCGUCCACUUUCGAGAGAGUUACAAUUGCCGCAAGAAAUAUGAUGUCCAACGGUGUUCAAAGUUCAACUAGUCAGAUCAAAGACAGUUCCAUGGUGAAUAAUGUACAUCACAGCUUGACCUCGUCGUCGUCGGCCCUGAAUUCUCCACUGAUGAAACUGUCUUCAUACAUUCUGGCACUGCGACCAUGGUCGUUAAGUGCGUCGUUAAUGCCGACGCUUCUUGGAUCGGCUCUUGCGUAUCGAAUGACAGGCCUAGUGAGCUUCAAUUGGCUGUCGCUGAUCCUCACCGUGUACACGGUAGUCUGCGUGCAUUGCGCAGGUAACGUUGUGAACACGUACUUUGAUUAUAUAAAAGGCGUGGACAGCCGGAAGAGCGACGACAGAAUAUUGGUAGACCAGUUAUUGUCGAAGGACGAAUUAGUCUCGCUCGGUGCGAUUCUGUACGCGGCCGGCUGUUUCGGAUUCAUCGGACUGGUGCUCAUCUCGCCCGCGAAGAUGGAGCACUUGGCCCUCGUGUAUUUCGGCGGAUUAUCCUCGUCGUUUCUCUACACGGGUGGCAUAGGACUAAAAUAUAUCGCUCUGGGCGAUGUACUUAUUUUAGUUAUAUUCGGCCCGAUCUCGGUAUUGUUCGCGUUCAUGGCACAAACCGGUUACGCCGAACUAGGAACGAUAUAUUACGCGAUACCGCUUGCGCUAAACACCGAAGCUAUUUUGCAUAGUAAUAACACAAGGGACACGGAGAGUGACAGGAGAGCAGGAAUCGUAACAUUGGCGAUACUCAUAGGUCACACCGCGUCUCAUGUUUUGUACGCCUUUUUACUGUUCACACCGUACAUAACAUUCAUAGUACUGGCGUUAAGAUAUUCCGUAUGGUUUUUACUGCCGGUUAUCACUCUGCCAGCCGCCUUUAAGAUAGAGAAGGACUUUCGUAACCCGAAUAGAAUUCAAAAUGUGCCUAGACGGACAGCCAGAUUGAACAUGUAUCUAGGUAUUUUGUACGUUGUCGCUUGCCUACUCGUGGGCUCACUUCCUUAUCUGUAAAUAAUUUGUACUUUUUAUUAAAACUUUGUAUUAUGUGUCGCUGGUAAGAAAUUGGAAUACUCAAUUAUAUAUAUAUAUAUAUAUAUGUAUGUAUGUAUGUAUGUAUAUAUAUCGGCAGCUGUUGUUAAUUGACAAAUUUUUGUAAUUUCGUCUGAUCCCCGCAUCUUGUGCGGCUCGUGGACGCGAUCAUUUUCAAAUUUAUAUUCGACACGAAACUGAACACGUUAUUGUAACGUGACUGUCGACUGCUGCUACUACUGUGGUCACCGACAACUAAUAUUGUAUUCAAUACUGACGUCUCAUUAAUUAACGUAUCAGCCUUCUCUAAUUUGUACGCUGGGUUUCAAAGCGGUAUUAAAGUAUUCUUUUUCGAAGCAGUAUGGAGAACGCAGCCGAUAAUUCGGUGAAAGAGUUUAACGUGGAAAUUCAUCGUCAGGAACAAGUUCUCUCAUUAGACCAUCGCUUGCGUUCCGCAGUGCGUGGAAAAAAAGAAGUGUUCAAGCCAUCUUGAAAUCCAGCGUACCUAUUAAAUCUUUGAAUAUCGAUUACCCAAAUCUAUUUUCAUAUCUGACCUUCAUUUUCAGCUGAAUUUUUAAUGAAUCACUUUAGACGUUAAAUUAAAUCUGAUAUAACUUUGUGUAUAUAUUUCUUUAAAUGUAUA